AUGGCAGAGGCUUUGCCGUGUACAAGGGCCAAAGGUUUGACAGGGCGAUGGCUGGCAUUGUCAGUUCUGCUUCUGAUCGGCCUUGGCCAUCCAACUUUCUUCAGCGGCCAGGCGCAAAAGCCAAAGCCUCUAACACCUGCACGGCAGAACAAUGUCAUUGCGACCGCUGCGCCACCGGCCACGGAUGCGACGGAGUCUUCCAGGAAGACUAUCCUGCUUCUUUCGGACGCUAGUGGGCGCACGGCAUCUGGCCUCUUGGCGGGUGUCCUGGCGCAGUUCGAGGUGAUCGGUGACGGCAUCGAGGUUCAGACUGCCACCGAGGUCACCACUAGGGAAAGGCUUCAAGAAGUCAUCGAGGCCAUCAAAGGCAGAGGUGGCAGCGUCCUGGUGCUCGCGACCUUGGUGGAUUCCACACUUUCUGGCUGGGCAAAGACAUUCUGUGCAGACUACAACUUGCAGUUUGUCGAGGUCAUGGGUCCCUUAUUGGACCGCAUGGGUGGCUUCUUAGAGCAGCGCUCCAGGGGCGAGCCGGGCGCCAGCGCGGGGUCCAACUUACUGGGUGUCGCCUGUGGUGAGCAUCGUAGGAACAUCUGA